CAAAGUUUCAAGGUUGAAAUUUUUUUACAUUUAAAUUAAAAUAAAUCAAAAUUUUGAUCGAGCACAUAGGUGUUUGAAGAAUGAAAAAUGAUCUACUUUUUUUCCUCUACAAGCUGGUUUUUAAUUCAAAUCUGUAGCAUUAACCAUUCAAAAAUUAUUCAAGAAAAACUAAGAAAUUGGGAAAGAUCCCAUAAGACAAUCCAGUGGCUAUCCUAGGAUGGGACAAUUCACGACAACUCCACCAGAGUGCGUAUCUUUGGUGGGGACUUCCCAAUCCGCGGUGUUGCCUUACCGCCACCUACGGUUCGAAAACCGUGGAAGGGCGGGGGGCAACACUAUCGCGUCGCCUUAUAGAUACCUUCGAGACUGGUUUGCUAGAGAUGAUCGCAUUCCUACAUUGUUGUAGCUGAGCUACCACAUUUAAUAACAAGCUGUGUGGUGUGCUUUCUUAUUAAAAAAAUAAAUUUGAAAAAAAUUCAUUCAUGAAACAAGUUUGAGAGGAAAUUUAUUCAGGCACGCACCGCGAUAUUUCAGUGCUUGUGCGAUCGUUUAAACGCGGUAAUACGUAGUGUUCUAUUUUCGUUCGUAAUUUUAGUUCAACGAAUCACUUUUCAUUUAUAUAAUGAUCAGCGAUGAUUUAUCGAAACCCGAGACCAAUCAACAAAAACUACUGUCUUCGUUCAAGCGUCGAAAAUACCACGUAUUCAACAAUCUGAUAAAAUGUCCAGACAUAGACGUCGACUAUUUCUACGGUGAUCCGGAUAACGGUACGUUAUUAGAUUUGGCUUGUCAAUCUCACGGCUACCAGGCCUACAUUUACCAGGGUGUCCACAGGUCUGGAAAACCUGGAAAACCUGGAAAAGUCAGGGAAUUUGGUCGGUCUGGAAAAGUCAGGGAAAAGUCAGGGAAUUUCGUAAUUUUCACGCAAAAUCCCUGGAAUUUUGAAAAAACGAAUCAAUUGAAAAUUUUGAAUAAGGACCUGUGAUGAAAGGAAAACACUGUUUUUCACUUCUCGAAACGCAAAUUUUCAAAAGCUUUUGCCCUCGCUUCGCUCGGGCUUGUUUUCUUUUCUCUUUCAAAAGCAACAUGAAAAUUUCUAAAUUAUAAAAAUCAAGUUUUUAUGCCAAAAAAUGAACUCCUCACGAAAAAAACAUCGUUUUUAAGCAUCUCGAAUGUACGUACAAAUUUACAAGAGCUUUCGCCCUCGCUUGGGCCUGUUCUGUUUUCUUUUUCAAAAUCAACUUUUUUCAAAAAAAAAAAACAUAAUUCAAAUAUUCUAAAAUUUUAAAAGCCAAAAAAAAGCUACUCGUCCUCACUAAAAAACCAAACAUAAUUCAAAUAUUAUUCUAAAAUUUUAAAAGCCAAAAAAAAGCUACUCGUCCUCACAUAAAAAAAACCUCGUUUUUAUGCCUCUCAAAACUCAAAUUCUCAGAAGCUUCCACCCUCGCUUCGCUCGAGCCUGUUCUCUUUUCUUUUUCAAGAGUAAACAUCCUUCAAAAAAGCAUCCAUUCCAAUAUUAAAAUUUUAAAAAACCAAAAAAUAAACACCCUUUGCAUUCAAAAAAAAAAACUCGUUUUCAGGCAUCUUGAAAUGCAAAUUUUCGAAAGUUCUCGCCCUCGCUUCGCUCGGGCCAAUUUGCCUCUCAUUUUAAAAUGAACAAAUUUCACAUUUUGAGGCCUUCAAAAAUCAGAAAAAGAAAAAAAUUUUCAUAAGUUAUAUGAAUACAUGUAUUUUAUUAAUUGGCCAAACUUGAUGCAUUUUUAAUUAUUAGAAAAGUUAAUAAUCAAAGUUACGCUGUUUUUUAUAUCCGAAGAAGUAUCCAGUUCGAAGAGAAGCUUAUGAAAAAAAAUUACCCCCCCCCCCCCCCAAAAAAAAAAAUGUUUAAUUGAAGUAUGGGGUGAGCAUAGAAAAUUGAGAAAAAUGGUCUGGAAAAAUAGAAAAAUUGGUCUGGAAAACCUGGAAAAGUCAGGGAAAAUCAUUUCCAGAAAUGAGUGGACACCCUGUUUACGUUCUUUUGGUAAAAGGAGCUUCAAUAUGGCUGAAAAAUCGAGUAACUGGCAAGCUCGCGUUAAACGAAGCUCUCGCCAAUUCAGACUCCGAUACAAUACAGCAUUUCAGUAUGGGUUUGUCGCGACGGAUCCACAUAGAGGGUGAUGAAUUCACUAAUACUCUUAUGCAGGUAGCUGUGCAAAAAAAUUACGUUGAAAUAAUGAGGUUUAUACUCCGCUACCUUCCUCGAACGACCAUAAACAAUCCAAAACCUCCGCAUUUCAUACUGCUUGAAGGAAGCAUCGGAGCUGUCAGGGUAUUCAUCGAAUACUUCGACGUUGAUAUGGAAUUUCAAAAGGAUACUCAGGGUCGUGUCCGUAGUUCCCGCGAAAUAAUAUUGCAAAAAUAUCCACAGCUGGAAACAGAGCUCCCAACACCAUCGCCGAGCGAGCUUCACACGAAACCCGAGACCAAUCAACAAAAACUACUGUCUUCGUUCAAGGAUCGAAAAUACCACGUAUUCAACAAUCUGAUAAAAUGUCCAGACAUAGACGUCGACUUUUUCUACGGUGAUCCGGAUAACGGUACGUUAUUAGAUUUGGCUUGUCAAUCUCACGGCAACCAGGCAUACAUUUACGUUCUUUUGCUAAACGGAGCUUCAAUAUGGCUGAAAAAUCAAGUAACUGGCAAGCUCGCAUUGAACGAAGCUCUCGCCAAUUCAGACCCCAAUACAAUACAGCAACUCGGUAUGGCUUUGCGACAACGGAUCCGCAUAGAGGGUGAUAAAUUCACUAAUACUCUUAUGCACGCAGCUGUCGAAAAAAACGACGUCGAAAUAACUCGGUUCAUAGUCAGCUGCCUUCCUCGAACAACCACAAACCAUCCAAAACCUCCGCAUUUCAUACUGCUCGAAGGAAACAUCGAAGCUGUCAGGGUGUUCAUCGAAUACUUGGACGUUGAUAUGGAAUUUCAAAAGGAUACUCAGGGUCGUGUUCGUAGUUGCCGCGAAAUAAUAUUGCAAAAAUAUCCGCAGCUGGAAACAGAGCUCCCAACACCAUCGCCGAGCAAGCUUCACAAGAUCUUAUUUUCAUACCUAGAAAACGGUGUUCCUGAAUUAUUUGUCAGACGAAUAGAAGAAAUUGACACAAAAAUUCUGAAUGAUGGACUGCAAGAAGAUACGAAGUUGACAUACUUUCAUGUAGCAUGCGAACGCAAUUACAUCGACGUGGUGGAUGCGCUGGUGAAAAAAAACGUUCAGCUAAACAAGGUUGUUGAAUAUUUCAAUAAAUUUGCCGAAAAGGUUACGCCAAUAAUGCUGGCCGCUUUCAAGGGUCACUACAAAAUACUCAAGAAACUCUCAAACAUACCCGUAGUUGAACUGCAAACUGUAGGAGGAAGUGGAUCAGUUUGGCAUUUGGCGUUGCACGGUAUGCAAUUUUUGCAGGAUCGCAAUUGCUCAACAGACGGCCAUUUUAUGAUCCUGGAAUCACUGUCGGAACUUAGUGACAGACUGAAUGUAGAACACCAGGACAAGAGAAAUAGGACAGCUCUUCAUUACGCGUUGAAAUUCAACAACGAAUUCGCUAUCAAGUUACUUCUUAGAGCAGGCGCCAAACUGUACGUAACCGAUCAAUCUAUCUUGACUUCGAUUUCAGCUUCAAUCAUAGAACGCUAUUUCGAUGACUGUAUUCGUUCGAGUAAAGAAUCCAUUUGCACUCGUGAUGACGAAAGCAAACCAUUAAUAUUCCACUACCAAAUAUUCACACAACUAGACCUAUAUUCGAUUGUUACCAAAAUCAAAGGGAAUUUCUUCGCUCGAUUCGAAUCGGUGACCGAAAUGAGAAAACUAUACAAGCAUCCACUCACAAAAAGCUUGCUCUAUUUGAAAUGGCGUCUCGUAAGAAAAUAUUACUACUUUAAUUUGACCUCGUGUUUAUUAUUCUGUUUGACUCUGAGCGCAUAUAUUUUCCAAAUUCAACACCGUCAACUGUCAUCGAUCAGUCUCUACGUCUCAACAUUGCUCUUAUACAUCGUACUUAUUUUACGAGAACUAUGCCAAUUUUCCAUUUCAAUUCGACGCUACCUCGGUAUAUCAGAAAAUUGGUUUGAAGUAAUGAUGAUCGUGGUGGUUGGGUUUCUCUUCGCGGAUGAAACUAAUACCCACUUAGCUGCAAUCUCUAUUCUAACAUCAUGGAUCGCGUUCAUAUUAUUACUCGGCAAGCAACCGUCACUCUCAAUCUACAUAGAAAUGUUCAAAACGGUGGCGUUGAAUUUUGUCAAAUUUCUCCUCUUAUACUCGAUUCUGAUCGCAUCUUUCGCAUACAGCUUUUUCAUUUUAUUUAGAAAUAAACCCAGCGGGCAAGAAUCGUCGCAGAAUCGAACCAACGUUAAUUGUACUAAAGAUGAUUCGGUGAAAUUUUGGCAAGACAUGCAAAUGUCGUUUUUCAAAUCGAUUAUCAUGAUGACAGGUGAAUUCGAUGCUGUUAAUCUACCGCUUGGUUCGAAUUUUAGUUUUGACCACGCGUUUUUCAUACUUUUCGUCUUCUUAGUCGCCAUGGUACUUUACAAUCUACUUAACGGGUUGGCUGUCAGCGAUACGCGCGCCAUCAUGGAGGACGCCGAAAUAGUUGCUCUGAUAUCUAGAGCAAAACUCAUCUCGCAGAUAGAACACCUAGCUAUUAGCAAUCCAUUCCACCAUGCUUUCAAUUAUUGUAGAAUAACCAAACAACUCGAAAGGUUAUACAUAUUUUUGCGCAGCAUAUUAUUUGGUGACGAGAUAUUCAUUGAUGAGACCCGACAGGUUUAUGUAUUCCAAACGGAAAAUAACAGAAUAGAAAUUGAUUAUAGAAAUUUUGGCAAAAUGCCUUUCACCAUUGUGAAACGUGCUGAAGAAAUUUUAGAAAAACGAAAACGAACCAAACUGACCAAAAAGGAAAAUCAAAAUGCGUUGACAGAAAAUGUGACAAAAAACAACUCACGCGAGCAUCAAUUCGUCGAUGAAUUAGUUCAUCAGUUUAGCGAGCAAAUAAGCGAUUUGAAACUAGAAAUUGACGCUAAAAUUGCGACACGCGAUGAAAAAUUAUUGCAAAACGUCGAUAUGCGAUUUGAAAAAAUCAAUAAAUUACUAGAAUCCGUCUUGCAGGAGGUAAAUCUUCUGAAGAAUAAUGACUGA